CAAAUACGGUGACAGAGGGGACGUAGGCUUCCGUGCACGGACGCUGUGAGGGCACCUAAGUCGCUGUACAACAAAUUCGUCCGAAGUCAGAUAGGAUUGCCCAGGUUUAGGACUACAAGAAUAAAUUGCGUGCAUGUUAUUUCGGUAGAAAUACCUGCCGGUAUUGAAAAUUGAUAUUGUUGGAUAUAUAUUGAAAUUGCACAUAGGUAACGCAAGUGUAUCUUCAUAUUGGACUCCGCCUGCGAAUGCUGAAGGACAGACGCGUACAUGAAACCCGGACAAGAUGGAUGCGUGCCACAUGCCAGGCAUGAGGAUGCUGUAAGGUGGCUGAAGGUCAGCAGGAGAAAAGGCCAACUAUCUCCCACCUGAAAGUUCCACUGUAGCAAAUGCUGACAUCCUCCGGAUGCCCUUUUGCUAGAGAGGAACUGAAGAUCCGAAAGUUGGCUUUAUAGAAGAAGUUUCAGAGUCAAAAGCCAGGUCGUGCUUCAGACUGAUCCGAAGCUGGGAACCAUGAGUAGAACUGUGCUCUUGGUUCUGUUGCCCUGCAUCUGUCUGGCACUUAUGAGGUGUCAGUAUGUCUUAGCCAGCACGUUCUGCCCAGCACAGUGCGUCUGUGAGACCCGCCCAUGGUACACUCCUCAGUCUUUAUACCACCAAGCCAGGACCGUGGAUUGCAAUGAACUGCAUCUGAGCAGGGUUCCAUCCAACAUAUCUGGGGACACUCAGGUCCUGCUUCUGCAGAGCAACAACAUUUCCCACAUUACUGUAGAACUGCAGAAUCUCAUAAAUCUCACAGAACUGGACCUCUCACAGAACCACUUUGAGCAGAUUCAGGACAUCGCGCUGAACAACCUAACUCAGCUCAUCACCCUCUACCUAGAGGAGAAUCAGGUACAGGCACUACCAGAUUUCUGUUUGAAGGACCUGGUCAGUUUAGAAGAGCUGUACAUCAACCACAAUCAGAUUUCUUCCAUUGGUCCCAAAGCCUUUUCUGGAUUGGGGAACCUGCUAAGGCUUCAUCUUAACUCCAAUCGGCUGGUAGCCAUAGAUAGCCAUUGGUUUGAGUUCCUUCCCAACCUGGAGAUCCUCAUGAUUGGAGAGAACCCCAUAUUGGGGCUGCAGGAUAUGAACUUUUAUCCUCUUUCCAAACUACACAGCUUGGUGCUAGCUGGUAUGGGGCUCAGAGAUGUUCCUCCAGGGGCCUUUCAGGGACUAGAAUACCUUGAGAGCCUCUCCUUUUUUGACAACAAACUAAUUGCUGUGCCCACAGCAGCACUCAGUGGGCUGCCUAACCUCAAGUUCUUGGACCUCAACAAAAACCCUAUUUCCCGGGUGCAGGAAGGUGAUUUCCAAAACUUCCUCCACUUGGAGGAGCUCAGUCUCAACAACAUGGAAGAGCUGGUGGCCAUUGAGAGAGGAGCCUUCAGUAAUCUUCCAGAGAUGGCCAAAUUGGAAAUCUGCAAUAACCCUCAUCUAUCCUACAUCGACCGUGCUGCUUUUCAGGGUGUGGAGGGUCUACACAUCUUACUAGUCAGUAACAAUGACCUCAGCCUCUUGCCCCAUGAAGUUUUCGCUUCUUUUCCAAAUCUGGAUGAGAUCAGUCUGCAUAGCAACCCGCUUCGAUGUGACUGUCUUUCCGUUUGGUGGUCUGUCCUGGGAAACCAGUCUACUCUGAGGCUUCUGGAGUCUCAGACUACCCUCUGUGCCUCCCCACCCCAGCUGACUGGCCAUACAUUGCAGGAAGUUGUUGCAAGUUGGAAUCUGGCCAGCAACACCUGCCUCCCACUGAUUUCCCUACAUACCUUCCCCCCUGAACUGAAUGUCACUGCUGAACAACCCCUGACUCUGAAUUGUUGGGCCAUGGCUGACCCUGCACCUCAGUUUUACUGGGUGACACCAACUGGAGAUAAGGUCACCACAGAGGUUCUCUCACAAGAGGCGGAUAGCAGCAAAAGCAAAAAACAUAGACUACAAGAUCAGGGAACUCUAGAGAUCCUCCAUGUGGAACCAACAGAUGCUGGUCUCUACACAUGCGUUGCAUGGAAUGCAGAAGGGGCCGACACUCGCAGCGUCACAGUUCACGUGGACAAGAGUGACUGGCAUAAUAGAGGACCGGAAGUUGGCGAGCAAGGAAAUUCCACGGGGUCCUUGGUUGUCCUCGCUAAGGUCAUCCAUUCCCAGUCUGUGGUGCUGGAAUGGAAACUGUACCCCUUGGUUAGCACCUCCAGUCACGACGUCACUCAACCCAAGUGGUCCAGCGCUACAAUGAAAAUUGACAACCAGCAGAUUAGCUAUACGGCAAAGGUCCCCGUAGACGUCCAAGAAUAUAAUCUUACACAUUUGUUGCCAUCCACAGAGUACCAGGUUUGUCUGACCAUGGUCACCUCAGAGCACCAGACCCAAUGGUCCUGCAUUAAUGUGACCACGAAAGAGGCCAGCUUUGCUGUUGAGAUCGUGGCACAGCCCACCAAUGUAGCACUGGCUGCAGUAAUGGGCUCCAUGUUUGCCAUCUGUAUCAUGGCCCUGUUGGUCUUCUACAUGGGACACCGCAUGAAACAGAAAUCAUGCCACCACUCUCUGAAAAAGUACAUGCAGCACGCAACCUCUAUCCCUCUGAAUGAGCUUUACCCGCCUCUCAUCAACCUCUGGGAAAAUGAGGCUGAGAAGGAGAAGGAAGGACCAGUUGACCCUCAGAACCCACAGAUAGAUACCUCAAAGACAUACAUGUGGUAAUGUGAAGCAAAACGUAGAAGGAAAAGACUUUCAAAUAGAUGUAUGACCUAUGCUAGAUGUUAGGAGUAGGCAUCCCUAAAUCUGGAGUGUCGGCAUCCAGAGCAGGUUUUCCAUCCUACCUGGUCUCUGAUGAGCCACACCUGGUCACAGGCAGAUGGCAACUCAUCGGGUAGGAUAGAAAACCUGCUGGAUCAGGGUAGCCUACCCCUGCUGUAGGUAAUUAUAGUUUUUUGUUCACCAGAACAAUUUGAUUGUGAAAAUUUUAAUGUAUUUUUACCGUGUGUUAUUCCAAGUCCCUCACAAGGCCGCAUUAGAAAUAGCAGAUGCCCUGCUGAAUGCACACACAGCAGUUAGGCAGUGACAUCUACUAAUCAACAUGCCUGGGGGAGUCUGAGAUGUUAAAAUAGAAAUUCCCUCAUGAUCCAAUGCCAUUAAGACAGAGACUUUGCCUGAUUUAAUCACUUGUAUUGUUUGUAUUUUUACUGGAAAAUAAAUCUUGGCUCCGGAAGUAGUACAGUUUUGAGGACUGAUGAGUGUGACUGUUUGAACAUAUGGCCUAUAUAGACAAUAGCUACUCUUCAGAUACUGUUGAUUAGUGAAUCCUCACACCAUGGGUCCAGGUCAAAUGUGAAAGCUAAUUGACCCAGGCAGCUGUGUGAUCAGAACUAUGAAAAGAAAUUUUUUAAAGCAAUACCGCAUUCCCUUAAAACAUUCAAAAUGCACCCUCACUCUUUCUGGUAGCAAAUGGCCUUAUCAAUCUGAAAGCAUGCAGGAUAAUCGAGUGGCCUCCUGUCUAUGCCGUACCGCAGCCUUGAGCUCUGUGGUGCCUGGGCUAGGCUCUGGGUCCCGUGUGACCCCGACCAGGAUAAUUGAGUGGCAUCCUGUCCAUGCCGUACCGCAGCCUUGAGCUCUGUGGUGCCUGGGCUAGGCUCCGGGUCCCGUGUGACCCCGACCAGAAUAAUCGAGUGGCAUCCUGUCCAUGCCGUACCGCAGCCUUGAGCUCUGUGGUGCCUGGGCUAGGCUCCGGGUCCUGUGUGACCCCGACCAGGAUAAUUGGUUAGAAGAUCACAUUCAGUUACUGAAGAAGCAGCCAGUGGGUCAAAGUAGAAUAAUGAAACUUUUAUUCCUUUCACUGAUCACCAUCAUACACUCAUAAGAAAUUUACAUGCUUUUUACUAACCACACUCAGCCGCAGACUGUACAGAGGCAUCUUUGAAAGUCAGGCAUAGCUUUUUACUAAUGUUUUAAAUCUGAAAAUCUUUAGCUUCAGUGUCUGCAUUUUGCUUAAGGUCUUUGUUCCCAACAUUAGAACUUUGUGUAGAAGUUUGUGGAUUAACACUCUGGCAGUUGAAGGGGUAAAGCUGCAGCGGGGUACUGGUUUAACUGUUCUGUCAACAUCUUGUAUAUAUAGUCACAAUGAACAAAAAUAAAUACUGGUUAGGCAUAAUAAUUCAUGUCAAAGGAAAUUGGCUGCCGGUCCAGUCUGCCUGACUGAGCCUGUUCUGGUACACGAGAUCUGCCUGUUCUGUCUUAAGUUAUUGUGAAACCAAGUCCCCUGGCAACUAUCAAGGACAAUAUCAACGAAAGCUGCUUCCUUGUUCGAGAUGAUCGUUUCUGUAUGACUGGCACAGUGAGACCAGCUACUACAUGCCUGCCGCACAGUUACAGCAAUCCCAGGCAGCAUUGGCCAUUUGACCACAACCUGAUGGCAGUUGAUAUAGAUAUAAUUUGACAUCAUUAUUGUUUUCUAAAAAAAUCUAAUUGAUUAAAACUGUAUUAUUGUUAUAUUGAAAUGUUGUAAAUGAAUAUAGAACACAAGUAGGCUAUUCAAUAAAUUGUUUAGUGCUACAUUAAUGUCUGUUUUUAAUAAUUAUAACAUAUUUGAAAGAAAGUUAGAAAAGAUAUGUAUAUAUCUUAUUAGUAUCAGAUCAUGAGUAUAAUUACAACUGUAUGCUUAAUUUUUAUAUUUUUAAUCAUAAUUUUGAUGACAUGUUGGUUUUUUUUAAAUAUAUUUAAUUUUACAAUGUCAAACCACAGUACACACUUGUUAAAAAAUACAAAUCAGCUAAACAACUAUAUCUAAAUAUUUAUUUUGUCCUAAAAAACUGUUGAGAAAGCUCAAGACUGGAAGAGUAUUUGAAUUCUUGUAUUUAGAGCAACUAUUCCCUGAAAUAGAAAAAACAAGUUCAAUGCUCCUGUACAUAACACAGUAACUGCCCUGACACUGAAACAGACACUGAAACAGAGAUACUGAAACUGCCUCAGUUUCAGCGUGCAUUUUAUAGUUACUGAUGUUGGACAUGAAGAUUUAACUCAUAAUAGAAGCAUAGAAUUGUCCAAAAUGUCUUGGUACGCUGAACCAUUAAGAGAGCCCUUCACUGGAACUAAGGGUGUCUAGCCCAACCGUUGAAAAACAACCCCAUACCAUUAUCCCUCCUUCACCAUAUAUUACAUUUGGCACAAUGCAGUCAGGUAGGUAACAUUCUCCUGGCAUCUGCCAAACCCUGACUUGUCCAUUCGACUGCCAGACAGAGAAGCGUGAUUCAUCGCUCCACAGAACACAUCUCCACUGCUCCAGAGUCCAGUGGCAGUGUGCUUUACACCAGUCCAUCCAACACUUGGCAUUGGUCUUGGUGAUGUGAGGCUUGCAUCCAGCUGCUCGGCCAUGGAAGCCCAUUCCAUGAAGCUCCCAGCGCACCGUUUUUGUGCUGGAGUUAAUGCCAGAGGAAGUGUGGAACUCUGCAUUAAUUGAUUCAACAAAGCCUUGGAGAUUUUUACGCACUAUGCGCCUCAGCACUUGCCAACCCCACUCUGCUACUUUACAUGGCCUGUUACUUCGUGGCUGAGUUUCUGUUGUUAUUAAACGCUUUCACUCUACAAUAAUUCCAGUUACAGUUUACAGUGGAAUAUCUAGCAGGGAAGAAAUUUCACGUACUGACUCAUUGCAAAGGUAGUAUCCUAUCACAGUACCAUGCUUGAAUUCACUGAGCUUUUCCGAAUGACCCAUUCUUUCACAAAUGUUUGUAAAACUGACUGCAUGGCUUGGUGCCUGAUUUUAUACACCUGUGGCAGUGGGUCUGAAUGAAACACCUGAAUUCAGUUAUUAAGAGGUGUGUCAAAAUACCUUUGUCCAAGCAGUGUAUCAUCCAUCCAUCCCUUCAUCCAUCAAUCAAUCCAUCCAUCCAUCCAUCAAUUCAUCAAACUUUUAACCACUUAUCAUGUAUGGAAUGCCAGUCUAUUGCAGAGCACACACACUAUGGACAACUUAAAGGCACCAAUUAGCUUAGCCACGUGUCUUUGAACGGUACGACCAAAGGCGGAGUACCCAGUUGAACUCUCUGUGGCAUGAGGAGAAUAUGCUAAUUCCAUGCACACAAAGUGGAGACAGGAAUCAAACUCCCAGCCCUGGAGGUCACACUGCAUCACCAUGCAACCCAAACAUAUUACCAUUUUAUAUUCAUUUUAAUAGUCAGUAAAUGGCGGGGUAUUUCUAAUAAUGUCUGAGUACAUUGCUGUACUUUAAGUAAUUGAUUCAUAAUGCAACAUGACAAUGAUCUUGGUGUCUGUGUUUAAUAUAAAUUUCAUAUAGAAGAAUAUUUUAAAAAACCGAUGUGAGUGUAUUUGUGAAAAGAUUUCAAGAUGAUAAUAAAAUCAGACUUAAAAA